GAAUAAAUAAAUGAAAAUUAAUAAUUAAAAUGCAAAAUUUUUGCAAACGGGGGCGAUUCGCUGCAGCGCCGCACGAACACAGAGGCCAGACCGCCAGACACCGCGCACGAGCAUGUUCGGACGCCCUCACCGCCGCCGCCUUCUCCAGGACACUGCCGUGGCGGCCUUCUAGAAGACACAGCUACUGGCGGCUUCCCGCUGCUCCAGCCUGAUUUCUAGAGCUACCGCCGUCGGCCAGCCAACACCGUUGCUCCGGGUGGUGCGGCGCGCGGGAUGAAGGGCCUGGGACCGGCGGCCGCCACCGCCGCGCCAGCUGGCAAGCGUCGGUGGCGGUGCGUGGCGGCGACGGGGGCCGCGUUGGCGCUGCUCUUCUUCUCCGUCGUCGUGCCCCUCGCCGUGCUCCUCGGCCUCCACACGCGCUUCCCCUCAAUGUACUUGGUCGACGAAAGCGCGGUGUCGGUUUAUGACGGCAGCGAGGGUGGUACUUGGCCGCAGGUUCCGUCGGAGGAAAAUGACAGCUCGCAAGUUAACAAUACCGUGAAGGAGUUUGUACCGCCUACUUCGAAGGUCGUGACAGACACAAAUGGCAGUCCAUCUGACAAGGUUAUUGGCAGCCAACCAGAGCUUGGCAAAUUUAAUGAAGAUAUCUCAAUUCAUCUAGCUCCCCCUAUCCAACAAGCUACAACUUUGGAAUGUUCUAUGCUGCCCAAUAUUACUAACAUUGAUUUGAAGGACAACUUUGAACAAGGUUUACCUGGUGAUGAGAAUGGAGCAUUCUGCCAGGUUCAAUUUGGAAGCUAUUGUCGUUGGUCUGUAGAACAUAAGGAGGUCAUGAAGGAUUCUACAGUGAAGAGACUUAAAGAUCAGCUCUUUGUUGCAAGAGCUUACUAUCCAAGCAUUUUGAAACUUGACGGCAUGGAAAAGCUUUCACGUGAAAUGAAACAAAAUAUCCAAGAACUUGAGCAUAUGCUUAGUGAAGCCAUAUCAGAUGAUGAUCUUCCUAAAUUUCAUGGAGUCAAUUUGGCCAAGAUGGACCAGAUAAUUGCUGCAGCAAAAUCAUGUGCCGUAGAAUGCACUAAUGUUGAGAAAAAGCUAAAACAGUUGCUUGAUAUGACCGAAGAUGAAGCUCUUUUUCAUGCAAGACAGAGUGCUUAUCUUUACAGGCUUGGAGUUCAGACAUUACCCAAGAGCCUCCACUGCCUUUCAAUGAGAUUGACAGUUGACUACUUCAAGUCCUCAGCUGACAUAGGGCAUUCAGGCGCAGAGAAGCUUGAGAAUCCUGCAUUCCGGCACUACAUUAUUUUCUCCACCAACCUUCUUGCAUCAGCCAUGACUGUCAACUCAACUGUGAUAAAUUCUGAGGAAUCGGUAAAUAUGGUUUUCCAUCUUGUUACUGAUCCACAGAACUUCUAUGCAUUUAAGAACUGGUUCAUCAGAAAUGCUUACAAGGGAGCUACUGUCAAUGUCCUUAAUUUUGAGCAUUUUCAACUGAAGAAUUUGGUUAAUGGGAAAGUUGAACAACUAUCAAUAUCUGAGGAGUUCCGCAUCACCUCCCAUAGCAAUGCUCCAACGCUAAACACCCUUCGGAGAACUGAAUAUAUUUCAAUGUUUGGGCACUCCUUGUUCGUGCUUCCUGAAUUCUUUAGCAGUCUUAAAAGGGUCAUCGUCCUGGAAGAUGAUACUAUAGUCCAGAGAGACUUGUCGCUCCUGUGGAACCUUGACCUAAAAGGAAAAGUGAUUGGUGCUGUCCAGUUUUGUCGAGUAAGAUUCGAUCAACUCAGGGCAUACUUGCAUGACUUCCCCUAUAAUUCCAGUUCGUGCAUAUGGAUGUCUGGGGUGACUGUUAUUGAUCUUGAUAAAUGGAGGGAACAUGAUGUCACUGGAAUUCAUCAGCGGAUACAAAAGAAGAUGCAACAUGAGUCAGAAGCUUCCUGGAGAGCUGCAACACUACCUGCAGGUCUACUUGUUUUUCAAGAUCUGAUCCAUCCUAUUGAAGGCCAGUGGGUCCAAUUUGGUCUGGGUCAUGACUAUGGACUCACUCAUGGUGCUAUAAAGAAAGCUGCCAUAUUGCACUACAAUGGCAACAUGAAACCCUGGUUGGAACUUGGGAUACGCCGGUACAGGAAAUACUGGAAGAAGUACCUGCCGAGGGAUGAUCCGUUUAUGAUUGAUUGCAAUGUGAACCCAUGAUAUGCAAGGUUUUGAGUUUUUUUACAUCCCGAAGCUCCAGUUUUCAAGGCAUGGCAGGCAAUGUUCUGCAAAAAUAGCAAGAGACACGCAUAGAUAGAAGCAUUUAUUCUAUCUGAGGGGAGCUCCACCGUACAAAUCCUGAUUGCUCAUGAUGUUACUGAGCUGCGUAGGAAAUUUGCUGUGAAUUUAUGCAGACAGGCUGCCAUAAUCAUUCGCUGAUAGAUGUACAGUUAGAUCUGGAAAAGUUUUUGGGUUGCAGAGCAACAUCACAAUUUGGUGUUGAGGGAUGUGUUAGUUUGGCGAGUCUUUUGGGUGGUAGAAUAUAUAUUCAUUUUUUCCAGAAUGUAGAGUGGGGUACAUAUUGUAAUCUAUUGCCACCCUGCCCUCUUGCCCGGGGAUAAGUCUCCUCUGACCUAAGUUAAACUAGGGACUGGAGUUGAAGUUGAGUAAGCAGGUGUUCUUGCACAUGUAUCGAUGCAAUCGACAAGGCUUUACUCGCAUAUAAACAUUGGUGCAAUUGACAAGGCAAGGCUCGCCUGCUGGUGACUGAAGCCCCAGAGGAACAGGUUUCCUCUUUCCCGUCCGGGCAGUUGGUCCACAGAUACAUUGAUGCAAUUGACAUGAAUUAUUCAGUAUCUUUGCUGGGCUUA